CUGCUACUGAUCGAGCCCAGCGCUCCGCUGCCUCCUUCAUUCAUUCACACUCACACACUCACGUGCACUCCCCCUCCGUCUGCGUGUCUCGCGCUCAGAGCUGCUGCUCUCGCGCCCUCUACUCGCUCAGCGUCUCGCGGCUCCUCCUUCAGUAGCGGACGGGCUCGCGGAGGGUGAAGUUUCUGCUGGGGCUGGAAAUGAGAGGAGCGGCAUGGAGCAGAGCAGCGUCCAGUCUGGAAGAGGAGCGCAGCGCGGCGGCGCGAGCGGGCUGUGAGGCGCUGCUGCUGCUGCUGUAGCGGAUUUCCUACAGACACGAGCAGUGCUACAGGAGCUGAAGCUCGCGCACGAACCCAGUACAGGUGCACCCGCCAGAUCCACCAGCUCCACCAGCAGCUUCUGCAGAGGAGCGCGGACCUCCACCUCCUGACCCGCCUCAGCCGUGUGUUGGCUGGAGGAGACGAAGCCGCAUCCUGCUCGGCUUUCCUGACCUCACUAACGCUGCUGCUGCUGCUGUCCGUUGGGGAAACCUCCAGGGUUCUGCAACACUCUGGCACUAGCCCAGUGAGGGAAUAAGCUCCGUGAUGUCUGCCUAGCAGCAGCUUUCUGCCCCCAGUGCACCAGUGCAACCACCUGUUUAACGAACCACCAGAGCCCUGGUUCAUCCAGCUUUCUGUCACUCUGACAGUGUGGGUACAACCCACAAAGAGGAUUUUCUCAGCCACAGUGGAGGACUGACCUUUCUCGAUCAUGCAUCUCUCCCUUCGAACCAGCUAUUGCUUCCCCCCUCUCCUCCUCCUCAUCUUUCUCUCCAUCCCAUCAUAUGCCAGAUCCCCUGACGAAGCUAACUCCAACGUCAGCUGUUCCCAAGGUGAUGUCUGCUCUGAGGGUGUGAUCCUACCCGUAUGGAACCCCCAGAACCCAUCGGUGGGUGACAAGGUGGCUCGUGCCAUCGUCUACUUUGUGGCACUUGUCUACAUGUUUCUGGGCAUGUCGAUCAUUGCUGACCGCUUUAUGUCUUCCAUCGAGGUCAUCACCUCGCAAGAGAAGGAAAUUACUAUCAAAAGACCCAACGGCGAGACCACCACAGCCACAGUGCGCAUCUGGAACGAGACUGUUUCUAAUCUGACCUUGAUGGCAUUGGGGUCUUCAGCUCCAGAGAUUCUACUCUCAGUCAUUGAGGUUUGUGGACACCAGUUCAAAGCUGGAGACUUGGGCCCCAGCACUAUCGUGGGCAGUGCCGCAUUCAACAUGUUCGUCAUUAUUGGACUCUGCGUCUAUGUCGUACCUGACGGCGAGACAAGGAAGGUCAAGCACCUUAGGGUCUUCUUUGUAACGGCUGCCUGGAGUGUCUUCGCAUAUAUCUGGCUCUACAUCAUCCUCUGCGUCUCAUCCCCCAGCGAGGUUGAGGUCUGGGAGGCAGUUCUCACCUUCCUCUUCUUCCCCAUCUGUGUGGUGCAGGCCUGGGUGGCUGACCGGCGCUUGCUCUUCUACAAGUAUGUCCGCAAGCACUACCGUGCUGACAAGAGCCAUGGCAUUGUGGUGGAAACGGAAGGAGGAGAAGAGAUGGUCAAAGAGACCGGCUUCACCAAGAUGGACAUACUGGAGCUGGAUGGAAUGGCGGCCCACUUGGACGGCAUGCUGGGGGGAGAGAAUGGACUUGGAGGACGGGAUCAGGAGGACGAGGCCAGGAGGGACAUGGCCAGGACAUUGAAGGAGCUCAAGCAAAGACACCCAGACAAGGACAUGGAGCAGCUCAUAGAGAUGGCCAACUAUCAGGUGCUGGUGCAGCAGCAGAAGAGCCGAGCGUUUUACCGCAUCCAGGCCACGAGGAUGAUGAUUGGUGCCGGGAACAUUCUGAAGAAGCAUGCAGCAGACCAGGCCCGGAAGGUGGUCAGCAGUGGAGAGACGAGGGAGCAGGAGGAUGACCCUUACACCACACGGCUGGAGUUUGAGCCAGCUCUGUACCAGUGCUUUGAGAACUGCGGCUCUUUAAAGCUCACGGUGGCGCGACAUGGUGGAGAUGCAGGGUCUACUGUCAAGGUUGACUUCCGUACAGAAGAUGGCACUGCCAACGCUGGCUCUGAUUACGAGUUUGCUGAAGGCACUCUGGUAUUUAAGCCUGGAGAGACGCUGAAGGAGGUGACGGUGGGCAUCAUCGAUGAUGACAUCUUUGAAGAAGACGAAUACUUCUAUGUCCACCUCAGUAAUCCACGCAUUGUGGGCUGGGCUGAUGGGCACCCUGUUGCCGUAGAUACCGGAGCCCCCACCCCUAAGGCAGCACUAGGGGAGGCUCACACAGCUACGGUGACUAUCUAUGAUGACGACCACGCAGGUAUCUUCACUUUCGAGAGCGAGUCUACGCGGGUCAGUGAAAGUGUGGGCAUCAUGCAGGUGAAAGUCCAGAGGACGUCCGGAGCUCGAGGUCUGGUGGCAGUACCAUACAGAACCAUAGAUGGGACGGCCUGCGGUGGAGAGGAUUAUGAAGAAGUUGCUGGGAAAUUAGAGUUUCAGAAUGACGAGACCAUGAAGAUUAUUGAAGUGAAGAUUAUUGAUGAUGAGGAGUACGAGAAGAAUAAAACCUUCACCAUCGAGCUGGGCGAGCCCGUUCUGCUGGAAGUCGGACAGAAACAUGGAGACUCUAAUGAGAACAAGCCUGCAGUUGGAGCAGAAGAAGAGGAGGUAGCUAAGAUGGGCUGUCCCAGUCUAGGAGAGCACACCAGGAUGGAUGUGGUGAUUGAGGAAUCCUAUGAGUUUAAGAGCACAGUGGAUAAGCUCAUUAAGAAGACCAAUCUGGCUCUGGUAGUGGGCAGCAGCAGCUGGAGGGAGCAGUUUGUCAGUGCGGUUACAGUGAGUGCAGGAGACGACGAUGAGGAGGAGAGUGGUGAGGAGCGUCUACCAUCCUGCUUUGACUACAUCAUGCACUUCCUCACUGUCUUCUGGAAGGUUCUGUUUGCGUUUGUGCCCCCCACUGAGUACUGGAACGGGUGGGCCUGUUUCAUCGUGUCCAUCUCCUUGAUUGGCGUCUUGACGGCAGUGACGGGUGAUCUGGCCUCGCAUUUCGGCUGCACCAUUGGCCUGAAGGACUCUGUCACUGCUGUGGUGUUUGUAGCACUGGGCACCUCCAUACCAGACACCUUUGCCAGUAAGGUCGCCGCCAUCCAGGACCAGUAUGCAGACGCUUCCAUCGGCAACGUGACCGGCAGCAACGCGGUCAACGUUUUCCUGGGAAUCGGUGUGGCCUGGACCAUCGCUGCUGUGUACUGGCGCACUAAGGGACAGCCCUUCUUGGUGGACCCCGGCUCUCUGGCCUUCUCCGUCACCCUCUUCACUGCCCUAUGUGUGGUGUGUUUCAGCACGUUGCUCUACCGCCGCCGCCCCUCUGUGGCCGGAGGAGAACUGGGCGGCCCUCGGACUUGCAAAAUGUUGACAUCGUUGGCCUUCAUCAUGCUUUGGCUCAUCUACAUUCUCCUGGCCUCUCUGGAAGCAUACUGCCACAUUCCUGGAUUCUAAAUGUGAAAAAGAGAGAGAGGUUUAGAGAGAGAGAGAGAGAGAGAGACAAAGAGAAAGAACAAGAGUAAAGCAUGUGAAGAGACGUUUGGUCUUAUGGGAAUUCUCACAGUAGAUCAGUGUCUUCUGACACAUAUUAGUCUUUCAAAUGAACCGUGUCUCUUCCCACACUCUAGUGAAUCUUCCUCUCUCCAUCCGUCCUCUCGGCUCUCUAAAGCAGUACCUUACCGUGGGUUCCUUUCUCCUUUUGCCUUACUGUAAGAACUCUAACGUUGUCUUAAUAUUAUAUACACUCUUGAAAAUGAAGGUUCUCAAAUGGUUCCCAAUUUGGAUGUAUGGAUAAAAUACCUUAUGUUAUGUUAAGGUUCUUCAAAAUUAAAAAUGGUCUAAAUAUCCUCGCUUUGAGUUAAUGUACUACAUAAUAUAGCACUGCCCUUUAGUUUUUCACUCUCGAAAUUGUAAUUCUCCCUACAGUAACAUCAAUUUUGAAGACCACCCUAAAUUAGAAUCAUAUGGGACCCCACAAAAUAUGCUAAACCCUUACCAAAUUCACUGACAUGAAAGCUAAAGAAUGCUACACUGACCUGCAGCACAUGCAUGCAAGGCCUUCUGAAUUUAAUGUGGAUGUGGAUUGAGUUGCUUAUCUGUUCGAAUGGACAAAUCUAGCCAGACUAAGCCAGUGAUCAUUUCCACCCACUGCACUGUACACUGUGGGUGGUAAUGCCUUCUCUGCUGUAUUCCCAGUACCCAAAUUACACUGUGGUUCGAGGAAUGUUAAUUUCUGGUACAGCUUCAGAAAUAUAAUGUGCCAUCCGUACUUUACGUUGCCUUACCAUGAGCACAAUGUUCAGUCUCCCAGUGUUUAACUUUACUUACAUGGUAGCACCUCACAGCUUAUACAUGUGCAGGUGUACCAAAGUCAUCCCCUGAGGUGACAGUUUGUGAUCAGUUUACUACUUUACUCCCAUGACUUUUGUAUGUGCAUGUUGUAGCGUUCCCUCUGCAUAUCUGUCAUAUCGCGUUCCAGAGUAGUCAUUUGUGGGGGAAUCUAGAGGAACCACUCGUUUUUCCAGUGUUGUAUUUUUUGCGUUUUAGUUAUUAUUAAUGAAUUUCAGCAGAUUUUUGUGCAUCUGCUUUAGAAAGUAGCUCAGUCCUCAGCUCAGCGAUGGCUUGGAGAAUGGAAGAUGGUGUCUUGAUCAGGCCUCCAGUCAGAUGUAGCAUUAGUUUUUGGCUUAGAUCUGGAGUUUACCACACUUGUCCAGCAUUAUUCAGGCCUUUUUUUAUGUGUUUUUUACACGUCUUCCACUCAAAAUAUCAAACCUGGAGUAUGACCUUCACUUGACCUCUGAGUAUUUUAUAUAACUGAACACUUAGGUAGCUGCUUUAAAUGUAAAAUUCCUGUUUCAGUAAGAAGCUCGUGAAAAAGCUUCCUUACAUGUAGCCACCCUCUGUCAUCCCCAACAAUUAUAUGAAACAGAAUUUAAAAGCUUAAAUUAGUUAAAGAAAAUCUAUUUAAAGCAUUUGAACUAAAACCAAAAUGCUCCAAAAAUAUUUGGCACCUUUCUUUUUAAGAGUGUAUCCAGUAACCAGUGAGCCUAUGGAUUUUUCCUCCUUCUUCAACCACUCCCUCCUGUUUGAGCCAGUCUGAAGAACCGCUUUCCAAAAAUUAUGUUUUUUUUUCUACUCCUUUUCAAUGGUGUCAAGUGUCAAUGGUGUCAAAUUGUUAUCGUGUAAUUGUAACAAUGAUGUUGAAAAGAAGACAUUGAGACCAAGACUGGUCUACAGCAUCAGACGCUCUAAAGUUCUAGACUUCAAACUAAAUGAUGGACUUGCUGUAUAUCUGCAUGUGUGAAAAAGAAAUUUGUUCAAGAAGCUUGUUUUAAGACAAAAUCAGUUUCUACAAAAAAAGGAAGGAAACUAAGGUGAUGUGGGUAAGAAGAGUUGAUGGCAUGUGGGUCGAGAAGGAAGAAAUUGCAGGUAAUGAAGGAUGUCAUGACAGGACACUCUGAGCCUGGACUCGGAAAGCUUGGGUUCAAGAACCAAUCAGAAAGAGGAAUGAAGUGAAGUGCUAAUGAUGGUGCUGAAGAUUACACCCUCUAUUUAAAACUGUCCAGACUGGACGCAGAUGCUGCCCAGUCCCAGUCUAAAAAAGGAUAUUCAGCAGAGUGUUUCUACUGACCGUGUAAACUAAUUUAGUCCAAGGUCAGAUUGGGUGUAGAAAAACAGCCGCUUUCUGUUCUUUUUUUUUUUUUUCAGGUAUUUUUUGUGUUCAAGGAAACUGACUGUAUUAAAACAAUAGGGAAAACUAAGCCGUGUGUAAAAAGCUGAGUGCUGAGUGAGGGAGCAGAGUGUGUGAUGGCAUUUACAGUGGAACAGAGACCACCUUCACCACGUCAGAUGGAGAAGGUUGGAUGUUACUAUGGAAAUACCGGACGGGAACGGGAAAUGACCUUUGCCACAGCGGACCCCCUACAGUGGAGCAUGUGUGUUCAGAGUGUGUACGCUCGGCCUGUUCUUGCAGGAACACACUGAUUUUAUGUGAUCAGAAGUUGCAGGUGUUACUACUACUACUACUACUACUACAACACUUAUUCUUAUUAUGAUUAUUGUUAUUAUUAUUAUUUUGAUAUAUUGAUCACAAUACUUUAUUGCUGUCGUCAAUCUACAACUCUGCUGUUACUGUACGUUAUCCGUCGUCACUGUUUAUGUUGUCAAAGUCAGUAUUUGUAACAGCUGCUGGGUUUACUGUGAAUAUAAAGUGGGUAGAAAAAAGAGAGAGUGGGAGACAGAGAGAGAGAGAGAUUUUGUCACUGUCCAAUAAAAAUCAUGUAACUUUAAAUUUCUGUAUUUUUAAGAGAGGACAAAAUGUUCUUAACUUUAAAUGGAAAUCAAUGUAAAAUGAGAGUUAAUUCCAAGUAAUUGUACAGCAUUUCUAUUGAUCUAUUCACUUAGAACUAUUCACACAGUGUAUAGAGCAGAAAAAAAAAACUAAAACAGGCAAAAUAGAGAUAGAUGUUUUUCAUUGGACAGCAGCGUUUUCCUCCUCCCUCUGUCUACUGUAUCUCUGUGUGUGAGAGAAUGAUGGAUGUAAUAGUAGCUCAUACAGCUGAGAAACAGAAUGAAAGAAGAGAGAGAGAGAGGAAAAAAAGGAAAGACGUGUGACAGAUUUAGUACUCGUGCAGACGUUUAGCUAUUUGGAGUAGCUGCCUCGGCUUAAUACAUUGUUUUGAGUGAUGGGGUGCGUAUGCAGUGUAUUUUUAGGACCUCCUGUUGCUAGGCGACCAUUCCAGAGAGUCAUUGUCUUGUCUGAGCCUGUUGAUACUCUGUGUGUGAGCGUGUGUGUGUGUGUGUGUGUGAGAGUGUGUGGUAAUCGUCUUAUAAGGUCACUACCUUUCUUUCCUGCAGUCUGCUUGCUCUUAAGUCUUAAUGAAUUGGAGGUCCAGCCUCGAACAUCCCAAUGCAAAAACAACUGCUGUAAUUGGAUUCCAUCACCAGAUAUCCAGAGUGCUUUCUGAAUGAGAGAGAGAGAGAGAGAGGAAGGGUUCAGUGACGUCUGUGAUGAAGAAUGGAGGGGAUUAGGGAGAGUGUUUGUGGAUUGAGAUUCAGAGAAGUGGGUGAUCAGUCAUGGGAAAUAGAGGGUUUUUUUAUACAAAGGAAGUCAUUUAUUGUUUUCAUAUCCAGAUUUUUUAACUACAGUAUAUUUACGUAAAGUAUCUGUACUUAAAAUGUACACCAUCUAAGAAAGAUAGUUACUUAUUACAUAAUGGCAUUCAUAAUAAACGGACCAAUAAAAUGACCCAAAAUUGACAAGGAAUCAAAUCUUAUGUUGAUCACGUAGAUUUGUACAAUAAUUCAAAUUGAUAUUUGAGCAGAAUGUUUAGGUUAUGCUGAAAUAUUGUGGGAAAAAUCCCUUAUUCUAUUCAUCUUACUGGAUUUGAAACUACAGAAAUAAAUGUUACAUGUGAUGCUAAGUUCUAAAUUUUAUAAAUGUCAUUGGCAUCAGCCCAGAACUCCCAAUAUCAGCUCACAAUUCCCAUAUCCGCCCCUAGUUCUCAUAUUACCUAACAAUUGGAUCUCUAUAGAAAUAAAUUCUACAUUUCUGUGUAAUGCGAAUGUUUCUAUGUUUUAUUAAUGUUAUUAAGUAACAUUUGCACCAGCCUAGAAUUCCCAUAUUGGCCCACUACUAUUCUUAUAUCAGCUCACAAAUCCCAUAUAAGCCCACAAUUCCCAUACCAAUCCCCAAUUUAUAUAUAAACCCCCAAAUUCCCAUAUAUAUAACAUUUUAAUUAUCAGCCCAAAUUUCAUUUAUUGGCCUGCAAAUCUCACAUUGACCCAACAUUCUUAUAUAAGCCCACAAUUCCUAUUUUGGGAUACAAUCCCCAGAUCAGCCCACAUAUAUCUCUGGAAAAAAACCACUUAAAAAUGAGUUUCCACAUUAAAAACCUCUAAAAAAAGAAGGAUGGAUGAUCACAAGCCUUUAAACCAAGCUGGACUGCUUGCAUUUUUGCACCAGGAGUGGCAUAAAGUUACUUAAAAGCAGUGUGUAAGACUGGUGGAGGAGAACAUGCCAAGAUGCAUGAAAAAUGGGAUUAAAACCAGGGUUAUUAUAACUAUUACAAUUUAAUAUAUAUGAACUUGUUUUCUUUGAAUUAAUUGAGGUCUGAAAGCUCUGCAUCUUUUUUUUUUUUUUUUUUUUUUUUUAAUCAUUUCUCAUUUUCUGCAAAUAAAUGCUCUAAAUUACAAUAUUCCUAUUUGGAACUUGGGAGAAAUAUUGUCCGUAGUUUAUAGAAUAAAACAACAAUGUUCAUUUUACUCAAACAUUUACCUAUAAAUAGCAAAAAUAGAGAAGCUGAUUUAGAAACUGAAGUGGUCUCUUAAUUUUUUUCCAGAGCUGUAUAUUACAUUUUUAAUGAUCGCCAUUUUUAUAUCAGCCCAAAUUUUAUUUUAUUGGCUUACAAAUGUCACAUUGGCCCAACAUUCUCAUAUCAGCCCACAAUUCCUAUAUUGGGACACAAUUCUUAGAUCAGCCCACAUAUAUUGUCUAAUAAUUCCUGUAUCUGCCCACAUUUCCCAUACCAGUUAAAAUGGCUAUAUAUGUCCACAGUUUCCAUAUUGUCAAAAAUCAUCAGUUCAUAUCAAAAAAUGAAUGUUAAAGUUUAGAGAUUUUGGUUAGACAAUGUCAAAUGUUCUACAUACACGGGUUACAAACCCCGUGUGUGUGUGUGUGUGUGUGUGUGUGUGUGUGUAUAUGUGUGUGUUGUAGAGGAAUGUCUCUCUUCUGGCUUCUCUCCCGGUGUCCUGAUCCAAUCACUGAAAGUGGUGUGUCUGGGUGUCACUGACUUUGUGUCUUGACAGGUAGAGUGAACAAGAGGGCACACACACACACUUACACUCAGACACACACACUUACACUCAGAUACACACAGAGAGUCAUCCAUAGACAUUAACCUCAUAGCACCAGUGCAGACAUCCUUUAAUACGUUUCUCAGCACUGUCUCUCUCUCACAGUCUUCCUGCCAUCUCUCUCUCUUUCUCUCUCUCUCUCUCUCUCACUAUUACACACACACAGAUUGGCCUUCAUUUAGAAGUGGUUAUGCAGUACUAAUGUUUGCACAGUAAGCAGUGAAGAGGGAGUAUUAGAGUGAAUUAAAUCUCUUGGUAAAUCCUCAUAAACACUGAUGCAGUUCAGUUGUGUGUCUGGGUUUGUGUGUAUAAUUAUGUCAUUAAUGGAGAUUAUGUUGGAUUGUUGCUGUCGUAAGAAAAUCCUGCAUAUUCUGAAACAUCUUAAUUAUAAGAGAGAGAUAAGUGAUCAUAACAAUAAUGUCUUAAUGUAUCUUCUUAAUGUAGCGGAGAUGUACAGUCUGGUAAUGUACGGCUAAUGAGAUUUUACUUUGGACCAUUAGUUAAGAAAUGUCUACAAACGGAGAAUGAAAAUGGGUUUUUUUCUUAGGACAGUGACAGUCUCAGAGUUUCAGUAUUUGCUCAGUCAGUAUGUUAUUGUGUGAGUGUGUGUGGUUGUAUGUGCAUGUAUGUGUGUGUGUGUGUGUGUGUGUGUGUGUCGGGUGUAUGUAGUUGCAUGUUGAUCCACUGUUUUAGAUGUUUACAUUUAAAGAUAUGAAAUUUGUCAAAAAGCAAGUACCAUCAGAAAGUGUGUUGUUUCUGUUCCUCAUUCUGCUUUUAUCCACACAAGAAUAGCAAUCAGCCACAACAUUAAAACCACUAAGAUUAAUGUCAUGUAGCUUCAAGCCAUGAACUCCACAAGAGCUGUAAAGGUGUCCUGUGGUAUCUGGCAACAAGGCAAGACAUUAUCUGCAGAUCCUGUAUGUCUUGUAGGUUGUAAGGUGGCACCUCCAUGAACAUCUCCGUCCUUUGGGUAUCCCUUGGAACAGUAAUUACUGUUUUUCACUUCACUUGUCAGGGGUUUUAUGUUAGUGUUAUGACAGUGUAUUUUAAUUGCAGCUUAUCUUUGCUUUAGAUCUCAGCUCAUCUCUGAACUUCUUCAGAGGAUCCCCAAGUACAUCAGUCAGCUCAUUACAUCUGAUCUGUGCUUAAUGUUUACCAUCUUUAACAUUCGAUACACUUUAGCUCUUAUUCUGAAGGUGGUUUUGUUGAGGAACUGGAAUCUGUGUGUGUGUGUGUGUGUGUGUGUGUUGGAGGGGGUCAUUUAGAGAGCUUAUGUGCACACAGCAUUUGCAUGUUUCAUCCUCCCUCAUGACUCUAUCCAGUCUGACGUGGUUUUAGGAAAUGUCGUCUUGAGAUAUUUUUAAACAUGACCUUAUUUUUCUUUCUUUUAAAUCUGAAUUAAAGUUUCAAACGGAGCUGA